AAGCCCAAGGUUGUGACAUCCUAUUUGCUAUUCUGCAAGCAACAUCGCAAGAAAAUUGCUGAGGAAAAUCCAGGAUUAGGUAAGCCUUUUUCUAGUACUUAUCACUUCAAGUACAGUCAUUAAAUUUUAUCAGGCAUCAACGUUUCCAAGCGUACAACUCUAACUAUAAUGGUACAGGACAUAACAUGUUGCAACAAGCAUUACUGCUCAAUCCUGAAUAUACAUUGCAUUAUUGGACUGCAUUAGUGCUAAUACACGUUGUAGUGCAUAUGAAUACAUGUAAUAAAAGGCGAUACCUUAGCAUGCAAUAAUAAUGUGUACACUGUACAUGUCACAUAAGCCAAAUUCUUGGUGGUCUGAUAAACUUCAUCCAAUUAAACCUGACCAUAGUUUAGGCAUCCUCCUCACAAAACAUCAUUGUGUGGUAGUGAGACAUAAAAGGAGGCUGUAAAUUUACAGGCUACCCUCUCUUUUCCUAGUAAUUUCCAGAAAGAUUUUCUUGUUUUGUUUUUUUAGAGUUUACAGAAAUAAGCAAAAAGGUGGGCAUUGCUUGGAACAACCUCAGUGAAGAAGAUAAGCAGGUAUAUAAAUUCAAUGGUAAUCUAAAUGUUGAGCACUGUUAUUUAAACAAAUAGUGAGAACAGCUUGUUGGCAAAGUAAAACAAAACAGUUGCUUUAGUAUGAAAAACCCGUAACUUUUCACAAGCCACAAACCAGAGUCAAAACAGUGAAAGAAGCCACCGAAAAUAGCACAGUGCAAACGUUUUGUCAAAGAAUGGUAACACCAUAGAAUUUCAUCCACAGAUUUAAAAGGGACAAAUAUUCUUGUCAUGACGAAAUCUGGGAGUAAAGCAGUUAAACAUCUCUUUUGUUUUUGCAGCAUUGGCGAAAGAAGGCAGAAGAGCUCAGGAAAUCACUUGGACUUCAAUCAACCCCCAAAGCUGUCUCCACACCUGCACCAAAAGUAAAGGAUGACAAAGCUGAGCCUAUUGACUUAGCAGCACACUUGCAACUCCUGGGGGAGUCCCUUGGGACAAUUGGAGCCUGCCUCAGGGUACAGGUGUGUAGAAGUUAUACUAGGAUGAGAGGGUGGAGUAGGGAUGGGAUAAGACUUUGAAAUACUUCAUGGCAGAAUGCUGGUCUGUUGGGUGAGAUAUGUGGGUUUGUCCUCUGAACACCAAACAAGAUCUUGUCUGCCUGUUGACUUUAUCUCCUCUAUACUGCUGGAUUACAUCCCCUACGUCCCAACAAAACACAGUACAAUCUUUAAACGUGCCUCAGGAAGGGCACUACAUGCACAAAAAAAGCACUGAAAGAAAGACUUUAUGGGACAGACAGACAGAACUCAGACAGCUUCCCAAACAAACAGUAGACCCUGGUAGAAUGGCCUACCUUUAAAUUUAUGGCCUGUGUGGGCACUCUGACCAUCUUUGUGUUGUUUUUUCUUUCUCUAAAAGUAACUAUUUAUGUUUCUUUGUGUUGUCUUGACAAGUCGAUGUUCUUUUACAGGACCCGGGAGAAGUUCAUGGCAGCUUGUCGGUGUUGUUAGACAGUGCACUGUGUGCUAUUUCACCACUUCUGUUUCUUACAUCUCAAGUACCAGAAAUGAAUGGCUGUUCUCCGAAAACUCAGGUACUUGGAUUUUUUUAUUUUGAUCAGCAUCCAGUUUCUCCUUAUGGUGACUCUGCUUAAACAAACGUGGUGAUCAUGAGAAUGAAGAACUUGAUCACCAUGGAACUGUAUUGGUCGUCACUUAAAGGUCAUUUAAGGUCACUAUUGGUCUUUUAAAGAGAGGUGCAACCGUAGUUUGUCACCCCACUGCAGGUUACAUUAUAUGUGAUGGCCUUACUUUAAUUGUCAGUUAGGUGUUGAUAUACACGAAUGUUAUGACAUUUCAAAGAAACAGCUGUUGUCUAGAAUAACGGUGCAUGGUCUGAGAUGGGUAAACAACCAAUCCAAGUGACUUGAAUUUCUUAUUUUUUUCAACAGGCAGAGGUUCUGGAUAAUCUCGCUUAUUUGAUGCCUGGCUUAGGAUGA